CUGAGAACGGUCACAACUCCUCCUUCAGCGACUACAAGUACGGUCGCUUCGACAGCACUGCCCUGCACAUCGCUCACGCCCUCAACGCAACCAAGAUACAGCGAGUUUAUGACAAACCCAUCGACCAGUACUUGGAUGUCAACGUGCAGAAGCAGAUGGAGAUGCAACACAGACUCGAGGAAGAUGACCUUUAUAAGAAGUUUGCCAAGCAGCGGGCGGCUGAGGAAGCCAGGAUGAACGACCAUCUCAAGGAAGAGUGGGAGACCGAACUGGAGAAACUUACCUCACAGUUUGAGCGAGACUUGGCAACAAAGAAGCGCUCACGAGAAGAGUCCAAGGUGUUGACAGUGAGGCACCAGAAAGAACGUGAUGAGCUUGAGAAGAACAUGACCAUGAAGAGAGACAUGAAGAAGGAGAACCUCACCCGCAAGAUGCUGGAACAUGAGAGGGCAGCGACGGCAGCACUGGUGGAGAAGCACAGCAAGGAGAUGAUGAGACUCAUCCAGGAGAAGCGAUCGGAGUACCUGGAAGAAGAUGAAGAGGAAGCCUUGGAGCACUACCCAGCUCAGCCCCCACCCCCUCUUCCCCCACCACAGACCAAGACAGACAUCUACAGACCAGAUGAGUUUGCAGAGGUGGACCAACUUGCUAUACAGGUAGCACAGGAGGACCAGAAGACAUUUACAGAUCUGGUGAGGAUGCUGGUGGGACAAUGCAGCUCAGACGUGGAGAAAGUGAGAACCAUCUUUCGAUGGAUCACCGUCAAGAAUCUAAACUCCAUCACCUUUGAUGAUUCCGCCCAUGGAGACACGCCAAUGGGCCUCCUUCGUGGCAUUAAGUAUGGCACAGAAUCUUACCAUGUCCUCUUCAAACGGCUUUGUAGUUAUGCAGGUCUGCACUGUGUAGUCAUCAAGGGGUACAGCAAGUCGGCUGGUUACCAGCCGGGUGUGAGGUUUGAGGACAACAGGUUCCGCAACUCCUGGAACGCUGUGUAUGUGGCCGGGUCGUGGCGCUUUGUGCAGUGUAACUGGGGAGCCCGACACCUUGUCAAUGCUAAGGAAGUGCCCAAACCUGGUGGCAAGAGCAAGAGUGAUAGUCUGAGGCGAGUCUCUGGUCGAUUCGAAGGACGGAGCAAUAACCUAAGGUAUGAGUACGAUGACCACUACUUCUUGACAGACCCAAAGGAGUUUAUCUACGAGUUCUUCCCACUGCAGGCUGAGUGGCAGCUGCUGAAGGCAGCCAUCAGCCUCCACGAGUUUGAGGAGCUCCCCUUUGUGCGCUCCCUCUUCUUCCGCUAUGGCCUUUACUUCCCCGAUGAGCACACCAAGGCUGUUAUGUACACAGACUCCACAGGAGCUGCCACUAUAAGAAUUGGAAUGCCUGGACACAUGCAGUCUUCUCUCAUCUUCCACUACAAUCUCAAGCUCUAUGACUCCGACAAGGACCACUAUGACACUGUCUCUCUGAAGCGCUUUGUCAUGCAGUCUGUGGUGGGUCAACUGGUGGCAUUCCGAGUACAUGCACCCUGUUCAGGAGCACUACUGCUUGACAUCUUUGCUAAUGCUGUCACUCCAAGGGAAUACCUCACCGGAGAGCCUAUGAAGUUCAAGAGUGUGUGCAAGUUCAAGAUUGUGUGCGAAGACCUGCAGACAGUGAUGGUUCCCUUGCCAGACUGUGCCUCAGGAGAGUGGGGUCCUGCCAAAGCUACCAGACUUUUUGGUCUGGAGCCUGUCACCCAUCAGGAUGCUUUGGUCUUUGCCGGCCGUGACCUAGAGCUCCAGUUCCGCAUGACGCGGCCUCUCACAGACUUUAUGGCGACACUUCACAAAAACGGUUCUGAGGAGAAACGGCUCAGCAAAUAUGUGAGUCACAGAGUCACUGAUGAUGUGGUGACCUUCACUUUGAGCUUUCCUGAGGAGGGUCAGUAUGGCAUGGACAUCUACACCCGUGAGGUAGCUGGGCCGGACACUGGAGGACCAACAGAGAAACACCUCCUCACACAUUGCUGCAAGUACCUCAUCAACUCCUCCAAGCGCAACUAGCGCCUCUACAUUUUUUCAUCACUUGCUGCUCUUGCUGCUGUUCUGCCUGGCUCAAGCAAAGACACAUAAUGAAAUUGAUUCUGGUGAUAAAAACGAAACACAUCAUAAUUUUUGUAUUUACAGAAUUACACGGUUCACAAAAAAUACACUACCCUGGAGACCAGUCAUAACAAUAGCAACAGCUGCAGCUAGGUGAGGCCCUUUUAGGGUAUCCGUCCAUUAAGUGCCUUAGGAAUUGUCUUAAGUUUACCUUAAUUGCUACUAGUUCACCAACAGUGAAGGCUUUUAUGCUCUUCACUUACUGACAACACUUUCCCUUUUUAUAUUUUAUAUAUUAAUAAUUUGAUAAAUAUGCUGUAUAUAUAAUUAUUACUACAGAGAUUUUAACCUUUUAUAUAAUUUUUAUUGACAAUGUUCUAUUGAAAAAUAAUAAGCAUGCUUAUAUUUCACAUUAUAUCAUGUUAAUAUAUUGACAAAGCAAUCUUAGGAAAGUACUGUAAGUGUGUUUUUGUUGUUAACAGAUGUUAUAUACAGACUUACUUUUUACUAAAUCCCCAGUAGGUUAGUGGCCGCCUCACUGACCUCGGCCUAGCAGUGCCUGAAUGGUGGCAUCCCUCUUUGGGUGGGCUUAAUCCCUCAUUUUAGGGAUGCUGCUGGCCACACCAGUAGUUAAGGAACUUGUGAGGAAAGUUACCACUCCUGCUCUUUCUCCAGGGGCAAACUUUUUAUAAUUUUUGUCGUCCUUUAAAAGAUUAAUAGUGGUGGAACUGUGUUUGUUUUACCUCAUGGAAGUGGCUGUCUAUUUUGAAGGAUCGCUUCUGCUGUAUCCACUUUCCUCAGUCCUGUUGAGAGAAAAUAUGGCCACACUCAGCUGUCUUGUUAUCUACUAGAGGUGAGUCACAAAGUGUAUUGAUGGUGUACUGUCAUUUGGCUACGAUGCCAGAAAAUAAAAGACCCAGUUUCAUGAAUAUUCCAGUUGUUUUAGUGACUUGCCCUAGAAAAAGGAUGGAUGGAAAUGCACCUUGUUUGGGAGAGAACACUUAAUUGCCUGAUUUCUCACAAUUGGAAUGUGUUUAUGUAAUCCUUGACCUUUGUUUCAAUUUGCAUUAUGAGAAGCAAGUAAUGCAGGAUGGUCACCUCUUAUGGGUAAAUGUGUUAAACUGGUCACCUUUUGUGGGUGAGUGUAUUGGACAGGUUUCCUCUCUCAACCCCCUUUAUCUUUGCUAGUCAGAGAAGCAGACCCCUCACGAGAAAACUUUCAACCAUUAUUCUGAGCAGAUGACUCCAGGGCUUCCAUUGCUUUAAUUAAGGUUGUGUCUUUGGGCAGAACACUUGACUGUGAAUAGUCAAAAUGUGUGUGUGUGCCUAUGUGUUUCCAGUAAUUGAUAGGUGCACAACACAUUUCCGCCUUGGUUGUGAUGUGAGAUUUGUCCUCAUGCAGAGCACUGCAUCCUCACCUGAUCAUAGUGUACAUUAAUCUGAAAUAUUCCAUAGGAUAGUCUGGAGUGCUACGCAUUUAUUUUCUUGUCCAACAGAGUUUUGAUGGGAAAAAUAAAUAGGCGGGAAAAGCUUUUGGUAGGCGGUUACUUUUUUACACCUGCGAUUUUAUAUAUAUCUAUAUCAAAAAUAUAUAUUUUUUGCAAACUUUUUUAUAAUGAGUGUUUUCCUCGUCUCACCUUCCUUCCUCUUCUUUUCUCCUUAUCACCUGAACUGACAUGCAUUUCUUUCUCGUACAAAUUAAUAUAUGAAAUGUAAUAUAUUAAUAUAAUGUGCCUUUGUGUUGGUGGCCGUCUGAAUGCGGCAGUUAAUGUAACAUACUUCCCCAGUUUGUUAAUAAAGAACAGCACCGGUC